CGGGCGCGGGCAGGCGCGCACCUCAGCGGCCUAGGCCCAGGCGGUGGCUGUUGCGAGGCCUAUGGGGUAACUUAACAUUUAAAAAAAAACCUUUCCUUUUUCCUGGAGUUGAACAUACACUCUUUGUAGAAGAAUGGAUUUGUUGACAUUCAACCAGUUUACAGUGCUUCUCUGGAAAAAUUUUACCUUAAAGAGGAGGCAGUUAAUUAAUUUAAUAUUGGAAAUCGUGACAGCGUUGUUGUUUCCACUGAUGCUUUUGCUAUUCCGUGCAUUUAGCAAUGUAAAUGUAGUUGGACCCUUCUAUUUCACUCCUCAACACGUCAGUACUUUGCCGCGUUUCCUCCUAAAUCCUCAAGACUGGGAAUUGAUUUACGUGCCUUCUAAUAUUAAUGUGUUGAAAGAGAUCACUGAGAGUAUGAAGAGGAAUCUAAACAUCAACAUAAAAGUUCAUGGCUUUAACUCGGAAACUGAGUUUGAGAAGUACGUGAAGUUUGACCGCAGAUCUCACAAAGUGCUGGCCGCCAUUGUUUUCGACCAUGACUUCAAAAAUAGCAGUGACCCUCUGCCACUUCAGAUAAAAUAUCAUCUGCGUUUUGUUAGGAUACAGAGGACUAUCGUGUGGCCAGAUGUGACAGGCUGGAAAACAUCCUUACUUUUCCCUAUUCAUUCCUCUUCAGGACCCAGGAACCCAGACUUUCAUGAUGGAGGAAGUCCUGGGUACAUCAGCGAGGGUUUCCUGGCCACACAGCAUGCCUUGGACAAGGCCAUCAUGCUACACCAUGGGAGCAACACUGCGCAGAAAAUGUUUGACAACAUCAGCAUCUUUGUGCAAAGAUACCCGUAUCCAGUCUAUUUUCAUGAUAGGCUGAUUUGGAUCUCGAGUAGUUUCCUCCCUCUGAUGUUCAUACUCAUGUUCUCUCCGACUGUGCUCUCCAUCAUGCGGUCGCUUGUGUGGGAAAAGGAGAACAGGUUGAAGGAGUACCAACUUAUAAGUGGACUUAGAAACUGGAUGCUCUGGGCUUCCUAUUUCUUCAUAGUCAUCUUUUUUUAUAUCAUUAUUAUCUCUCUGAUAUGUCUGUUAUUCUUUGUCAAGAUUUUCAAUAAGUCAAUCUUCUGCUACAGUGACUAUAGUUUCUUCUUCGUCUUUCUGAUGUGUUAUGCCAUUGCUUCAGUAUUUUUUGGCUUUAUGGUUAGCACGUUCUUCAAUAAAGUCCAGUUGGUUGCUUCUGCCGGAAGCAUCCUAUAUUUUGCCAGUUUCUUUCCAUUUAGAUAUAUUGCUCAAAACUAUGGAAGGAUAACCCUUACUAAGAAGGUGGCUUCGUGUCUCAGCUCAAAUGUUGCAUUAGCACUGGGGGUUAAUCUUCUGCUCAAGUUGGAAAUAAGAGAAAUUGGUGUUAAGUGGGAUAACCUUUGGACACCAGCCAACCUUGAGGAUAACCUCAUCUUUGGCUAUAUAUUGGGAAUGCUUUUACUUGAUGCUUUCUUAUAUGGCCUUGUGACCUGGUAUGUAGAAACUGUCUUUCCAGGGAAGUAUGGCGUGCCCCAGCCGUGGUACUUUUUCCUUAUGCGCUCAUACUGGUUUGGCCAACCAAGACUUAGAAGGGGAAAAGAAGAAAUGGAAAGCUGUGAGAGAACUCGAAACAAAUAUUUCGAGGUUGAACCUACUAGCUUGGUGGCAGGUAUCCAGAUCAAACAUUUGUACAAGGAAUUUGGCAACAAAAUAGCAGUAAACGACAUGUCUUUGAAUUUCUAUAAAGGGCAGAUUAGUAUUCUUCUAGGACAAUAUGGGGCAGGAAAAACCACAGUCAUGUCUAUUCUCACAGGCAGUUACCUCCCGACCAAAGGAGAGGCCUAUAUAAAUGGCUAUGACAUCUCAAAGAACAUGGUCCACAUUCGAACAAACUUGGGCUUCUGUCCGCAGGAAGACUUGUUGUUUAAUGACUUGACACUAUCUGAGCACCUUUAUUUCUACUCUGUGUUGUUCAUGUCCGGAUGUGACACGGUACACCGAAGGGCAUGUGGACUGUUUCCAGGUUUGGUAAAAAGGAAAUGUCAAAAGUUAGACCCUGUGGAAAUCGACAAUAUGCUGUCUAUUUUUAACCUGCUAGAAAAGCGUAAUGUGUACUCAAAGUUACUCAGCGCAGGAACGAAGCGCAAACUCUCCGUCAUGAUAGCACUUAUAGGAGGCUCCAAGGUGAUGAUACUUGAUGAGCCAAUGUCUGGCAUGGACCCAGCCUCAAGGAGAGCCACCUGGGACGUGCUUCACCGGUAUAAACGGGAUCGGACCAUCCUACUGACCACCCACCGCAUGGAAGAGGCUGACAUUCUGGGUGACCGCAUAGCCAUCAUUGUCAAGGGAACCUUGCAAUGCUGUGGCUCUUCAGUCUUCCUGAAACAAAUAUCUGGUGCUACAUAUCACGUCAUCAUGGAGAUGGAACCACAGUUCGAUGUCGAAAAGAUCUGUGCAGUGAUUCAGUCUCAUAUUCCAGAUGCCACUUUGGAAAAGCAUACUAGAGCUGAAUUAUCAUUUAACUUGCCCAAAGAGUAUGUACACAGGUUUGAAGAUCUGUUUACCAAUCUGGAAAAGAAACAAAAAAUGCUGGGCAUUGUCAGCAUUGAUGCUUCAAUUACUACCAUGGAAGAAGUCUUCCUUAAGAUCAGUAAGCUGGCGGAUUCUCAAAUGGAUAGUCAACCUCUCCAGUCCCCCUCCCUGAAGGACCAAAAAAUAAGACAAGACUCGAAGCAGAAUGAGAUUAGGCCCAGAGAUGACAAUACAUCAGCUUUUUCCGGAUUGAAUGAAAUUGCUACCGUUCAAUUUAAUACUGGGUUUCCACUUUACUGCCAGCAGUUUUAUUCCAUGUUUAUAAAGCGAGCACUAUUCAGUUGGCGUCACUGGAAAUUGAUGCUGCUACAGAUAGCAGUGAUUUUGUUUGUCACUUCAUAUCUCUUAACAACUCAAACCUUAAAAUCUAAGGUGCACGCCAGAGAAAUGGACUUGAGUCAAUAUGGUCAUACAAUUGUGCCUUACUCAGUUUCAGGGAAUUCCGAUUUGGCUCUGAAACUCACAAAGAACCUUAAGAUUUUUCUAAAGCUUCGAAAUCAAGAACUUCGUGAAGUGCAAGGUAAUAUAACAAAUUACAUAAUGGAACAUAGAGAGUGCCGUGACUUCUCCAUUAUUGCGUUUUCCAUCGUGGUUGAGCAAAACCAAACAGUGCUUACUGUUUUGUUCAAUAACGAGGCAUACCAUUCAGCUGCAAUGUCUCUGACGGUGCUAGACAACAUUCUCUUUAUGUCACUUUCUGGCCCCAGUGCUUCCAUUAAAGUCGUCAACAAGCCUCAGCCUCUCCCUGUUCAUGAUUCUCACCUAGUGCAUAGAAGUGGAUUACAGAUAGUAUUGUGUUUGGCCUUUGGCAUGGCUGUUGUGGUCGGUAGCUUCGGCUUCCAGACGGUGACCGAGAGAACCUCUAAGUCCAAGCACAUCCAGUUCGUGAGCGGCGUCUAUGUCCUCGCAUACUGGCUCUCUGCUCUGCUGUGGGAUCUCAUCAUCUUCUCUGUCUCCUGCUGCUUACUGCUGGGCGUGUUCAAAUACUGCGGGGUGAACUCGUUGGUGGACCACUACCACUUCCUGGGCACGAUGCUCAUCUUCCUGCUGUACGGCUGGUCCGUCAUCCCGCUCAUGUACCUCGGGAGCUACCUGUUUUCCAGCGGCACCUCUGCCUUCAUCAAGCUCACGCUCUUCAACUACUUCUCGACUGCGUUCAGCGUCGUCAUGCACACCUUCCUGCAGUACCACAACCAUGAAUUUCCUGAAUCUAUCGAAACCAUAGAUAAUGUGUUAAUGAUGCUUCCCAGUUACAACUUUGCAAUAAGUAUCAGCAGAUUCUUUGAUGACCGUGAGUUGAAAACACUGUGCGCCCUGGAAUUUCAAAGCAUCCAUGUGGACUGCAGUAAAAAAUAUACUGAGAACAACAUCUAUAGUUUUGGAGAGCAUGGGAUUGCACAGUUUUUGAUUUCAUCAGCUGCCUUGGGCUUAUUUUACCUCCUCUUGCUUUUAUGUCUGGAGACUGCAUUCUGGAGACUAAAAAGCUUUGUCUUUCAAAAAAUUUUAUCUAAUGUGUACAACAUGUUCAUGAAAGGCAAGAAGGGUACAGUGUCCACCCAUAUGAACAAGGAAUAUAAGGAAGAAAAUGUAGAAAAUGAAAGGAAGAAAGUCCAGGCACAGCUUCCUAAACUGAAGAAUAGCCCACUGGUUCUCAAAGAUCUUACAAAGAUUUAUUAUAAGUGUCCAGUUAUAAAAGCUGUAAGAAAUAUCUCGCUUGUAGUCAAAAAGUCUGAGUGCUUUGGAUUACUUGGAUUAAAUGGAGCCGGGAAGACCACUACAAUCAAAAUGUUGACUGGAGAGGAGGUCGCAACCUCUGGAGCUGUGUUAAUCGAUGGCCUUAGCAUCAUUGAAAAUAUCAGAAAGGUUAGGUCACGAAUCGGCUAUUGUCCUCAGUCUGACCCCGUGCUGAACCACAUGACAGGUCGCGAAUUGCUCAUCAUGUAUGCCAGGCUGCGGGGGGUCCCUGAGACAGACAUUUACAAGUAUGUGGAAACCUUCUUGCAUUCGCUGCAGCUGGAAACCCAUGCCAACGAGUUUGCCUGCACAUACAGUAGAGGAAUCAAACGUAGAUUGAAUACUGCUAUUGCCCUAAUGGGAAAGUCAUCAAUUGUCUUCCUGGAUGAGCCAUCGAGUGGCAUGGAUCUAGCAGCCAAGCACCUGCUCUGGGACACAGUUACAUGUAUGUGCAAAACGGGCAAAACUAUCAUCGUAACUUCGCACAGCACGGAAGAAUGUGAGGCCCUCUGUACCAGGCUGGCCAUCAUGGUAAAGGGGAGGUUCAAGUGCCUAGGCAGCCCUCAGCAACUCAAGAACAAAUUUAGUGAUGUAUACAGUCUGACAGCAAAGGUGAAGAUUGAUGAGGUUGAAGAUAAACUACAAGAGUUCAAAGAAUUCAUCGCAGCAACAUUCCCAGGUAACAUCAUACACAAGGAAUAUGGAGGGAUGAUUGUCUACCGCAUUCCCAAGAAGGAAAUUUGCUGGGGAAAGUUCAGAGAGAUAAACCAUGAACGCAAAAUUAUCAAUAUAAGGCCGUAGAGUUCAGAGGACGAAAAGACUCCAGGCAAGAGCGGCAUUUGCCGGGGUGUGAGGAGGAGCCAUAAUUAACGCCUCGGGCCCUAACCUGGCAGGAGGGCGGUGUUCCCAAACGCCUGCUUCGUCCCGGCUGUAGUGCCGGUCCCUUUGACGUGUCCCCGCCCCCGCACGCGCACGCGCGCCCGCCCAGCUCCGGCUCCGCAGGCCCUCAGACUCCGUAGAGUCACAUUCGCUUCCACACUGAGGACCAGCGGGGCUUCGCCGCAGCGCGCUCGCCCGGCCCCCCACGCCUGCCUCUUCCUCUCCCGGGGCUGUCAGCGGCGCCCGUGCGGACCAGUCGCCAGGACCUCGUUUUCUUCUGCAAUCAGAUGGUGAGGGUGGCAGAAACCUGGCACGAGCUGCUCAGGCAACCAGGAGAAACUUCGGGGUGUUCUGCUGCCCGCACCCUGGUUUUGGUGCUAGACUGGGCGAUGGGCAUCACAAAAGAGGAAGAGAGACUUUGACAUUUAAUUAGCAGCGGUAGCGGUAAGCGGACAUAAGCGAUCUGGAGCCUCAUCCGGGGAACCCUCUUCUUCCCUCCCCCUUCGCCUCCGUUUUUCACCCUCUUGGUCACCCUUUCUCCUUCUGUGUCCUCCGUUCUCAGACCUUUGACUGCUUCCCUCCAUUAUGAGGCUUACCGCUCCAAGCAUUAACUUUUCAAGGGGUAUGGGCAAGGACAACACAAUACGACACUAGAGCUCAUAGGUCCAGGCUGCUGUCACCGUCAUGACGUAACUGGCUACAGGACCGCUUGGGUGCUGCGAAGCGUGAGAUGGGACGUUUACGACGCCGGCCACCGCCACACGACAUAUUCACACGUAUGUGAACACCGGCAUCCCAUCUCGGCCGCGCACACGCCCUCCAGGUAUAAGGAGCAGUCCCGGAGUCAGGUAGGGCGGGGCAUGACGGGGAAGUGGUACGUCUGUCCACAAGAUGGCAGUCGAACGUUGUCGCCGGAUAGGACAUUUUGCAAUGUUGCAAAAUUCUAGAUAGACAUUAUUUAUGCAGCUGUUAUCAUGAAUUAUGUUCCAGAUCCUACCACAUUUUGAACAGAAUUUUUUAUUUGGGUCACAGUUAUGUUUUGAUGUAUAAGUGGUUUAUAGCCGAAGAAUAAAGGAACAUUCUAAAUAAGGACAUAUGUGGGUGGGUGUGUUCCGGCUAACCUGAACUGUCAUGAUGAAGUCCAGUACAGCUAAUUUUGGGGGAGGGAUAGUGAUUAAAAAGUACUAGGAAAAAAUAAUAAAAAUACAUGAAGUACUGGAGACAGGUUUGUAUGUUAUGGUCAUUUGAAUUUUAUCCUGGAGAAACAGGGAUCCUGGAACAUGUUGAAGCAGGUGGGGGACUCGAUACCAGCAGUGUUUCCCACGCUUCGCUCACUGGUGUAACACCUCCCUAGCACCUAUAGUCAAUUAACUUAAUGUUGCUUAAACCAACUUUUCUUUUAUAAAUGCAUUUAAAGAAGAAACUCGUUGUCAGCAUCGCUUGCCAUUUUAUUCAAAACAAACAUGUAACUAUUAAAACGGAACAACCUUCAUUUAUA